AUGAAGCCAUCCUUUCUCAAACUCCUUUACCAAAAAUGGGAGGAGAUUCACGUCUCUCAAACAAUUCCUGGCAACUCUCUAUCUCUCUUGGAAGAGCGCCUAUCUAUCAUUUGCACGACUAAGGAAGAACCCAAGCGAAGCAACAGACGUGAAAACAGCCACUACGUGCAACAGCACCGACGAAAGAAGGCUCGAGAUGUCUACCUAAGUAUUUUUGACAUCGAUCCGCACAUUUUUAUUCCCUUCAUCCUUAUUGUCACACCGCGAGCCUGCUUAUCAUUCAACAUCUCAGAAUUUCAGAGCAAACACACCAAGCAAAGGACCCUCUUUUCUUGCAACGAAGCCUUGAAUAUCUUUCUAGGCAUAGCUCGGAAACAUGGCCUUGAGAGAAAUUCACUAUACAGGCGAUUUUUGGGUACCAUUUUUCAUCUCACUCCACCACUUACCGAUGCCGAUGGAAAUGAACACUAUUCGCUACGGCUAAGUAACCUUGCUGCGGUACACAGCACCUUUGGUGAUGCCCUUUUUAAUGCAAUCGAGCUCUCUCCUGUUCAGAUACAAGCCAAGGCUAAAGUCAAGGAUUCACUUUUGGAGACCACUGAAAGUGUCUGGACAAAGGUUUCUUAUAAAAGCCACGAGGAUUCGGUAAUUUGCAUUGAAGUGGGCUCGGCUUUAGAGCUUGCCGAUAUUCUGUUCCCAGGUUCAGCUCAGAGAAUAGCAUCUAUACUUUCUGCCUGCGCUCUUGACAUCUCCCAGAAGUGUUAUUCGGGUACCAGUUUAGACUCAGGUCGUCUAGGUAAAAUAUCAUCGGAAAUUGGUGAGGAAGUUCACCUAGAGAUCUUUGCCAUGACUAACAUUGAUUUAACAAUAGAUCUGGCGUAUUUCUCUUUGCGAGGAGCCAGUAUCUUAUCGAUUCCAUCGAUUUUCGGUACAGAUAUUUGCGAUGGUAUAAAUGACAGUGAAUUGAGGCGAUGGGAAAAGAAUCAACUCCUAUCUGACACCACAGACUGUGUCACCAUGCAGAUAUGGCGGGCGGAACCUCAACAUGGAGUUAUCAAAUUGCGCGUUGGAUUUUAUGCAGGGCUAAGUCUAGCAAAUGCACUGUACGCAGAAACAACUCCUGCAAAUAGCACAUAG